AUGGCGAAGUGUGAGAUCACACUGAAAUUUCAAGACGACUCGAUUGUUGUGAGAGAUGCGAGAAUUAUCAAAAAAAUGGAGUUGGUGAAUCGAGCGAUCACUUCGGAGCUACCCAACUGGGAAACGGAAGACACCAUCUUCACACUGGACUCGGAAUUGCCAUUUUUGAAAGGAUUUGGAGUGUUCAUGAUUUCAAACAUUCUCAAAUAUCGACCACCGCCAGCCGAUGAUUUCACAACGAGAGCCGAAGAGUAUCCAGAAGCAAACGCGCUCGAUUUGGAUCAGCUGAAACCGAUCAUCGAGUUGGCGAACUACACGGAAUCGGAGGAUUUUAUGAAUUCGAUUGGAUUUGUGAUUGCAAAGAAAUUGGAUAAUUUGGAAGUGGACCAAAUUGCCGCGUUCUUCGGGGUGGAUUGUAGGGAUGAUGAGGACAUUUUUGAUGAGAAUGAUGGGUGGACUCAUCCCAAGGCGGAAAUGUUCAAAAGAUUGAAUCGAGAUCAGGCCGUGGAGCAGGAGGAAUAG